AUGAGUGGUGUUCUGGAAGUUUAUGACGCUAAGCGUACGGAUAAUUUGAUCAUCACCCUCGAAGGAAUUUCUGGGUCCGAAACGAUCAAGGCUAUCAAGAAGCGUAUUGCUCAAAAAAAACUGAAGCUGACUGAGGAGCGUCAAGCUCUUCGUGUUGAACCAAAAGGAAAACCAUUGGCUGAUGACCAGAAGCUGUCCGAUCUCGGUCUCUCUUCACAGAAAGCUGUUCUCUACGUGAGAGAUCUUGGGCCGCAAAUCGCCUGGAAAACAGUUUUCAUGGCCGAAUACGCUGGACCACUGUUUGUGUACCCACUGUUCUAUCUCCGACCAUCGUUCAUUUAUGGAGAAGCAGCUACCAACGCUGUCAUGCAUCCAGCGGUUCAAAUCGCUUUCUUCGCUUGGAGUUUCCACUACGCUAAACGUCUGUUCGAGACUCAGUUCAUUCACAGAUUCGGAAACUCGACGAUGCCACAGUUCAACCUCGUCAAGAACUGCUCAUACUACUGGGGUUUCGCUGCAUUCGUCGCUUAUUUCGUUAACCAUCCACUCUUCACCCCACCAGCCUUCGGAGAUCUUCAAGUGUACUUGGGACUCGCCGGAUUUGUGAUCUCUGAGUUUGGGAAUCUUUCGAUUCACAUCCUUCUCCGUAACCUCCGUCCAGCUGGAACACGCGAACGUCGUAUUCCAAAGCCUGAUGGAAACCCGCUAUCCCUUCUCUUCAAUUACGUUUCCUGCCCCAACUACACCUACGAGGUUUCUUCAUGGAUCUUCUUCACCAUCAUGGUUCAAUCUCUCCCUGCUCUUCUCUUCACUCUUGCCGGAUUCGCCCAGAUGGCCAUUUGGGCUCAAGGAAAGCACCGCAACUAUCUCAAGGAGUUCCCAGACUACCCAAAGAACCGCAAGGCUAUCGUUCCAUUUGUUCUCUAA